AUGGUUCGAACUAUAAAACUUCCAUUAAUUAACGGACUAGUUAGAGCAGAUUAUUCACCAACAACUUAUCAAGGAUAUUUUACUAUCACUCAAUUUAACGAUCGAGUCAACCAAUUUAAUACAACAUCUAGACUUUAUAUAGAAGGAAAAUUCGUAAAAUACGUAUUACCAGUGAUAAUUUUAAUAGGAAUUCCUAUAGUGGCUAAAUUAACAGUCGAUGGAUAUUUCUUUGGCGUAGGAUGCCUUAUUGGAAUUCUAGGGUUCUUUUUAAUCAAUUUUGUUAACUAUGCCUUAAGACCAAGAUCGAAAUUUAACCGAGAAGAUAAUGUUAAGAAUCUUAAUUGGAAGCUGAGUGUAAUUCACGAAACCAAUGAAGACAGUUCUUUAUUAAAUCGAAUUCGCUCUAACAUAAGUGUCUUACAACCUGUGAAAUUGGAACUUGCUAUCGAGCUAGGCACAGCAGCAGAACCAAUAUUCAUCACACCUAAUAUUAAUGUCAUUGUUCAUAAAAAUCCAAGCCUUCGUCGCACAACAAUUACAACUCACAACUACGGAGCUACUAUUAGUGGAAUUACUGCAACUCAUCAUGAUACAAACUUUACUAGUUAUAAUUUCUGCCGUAAUAGUGAAGAUUUAUCUAGAUAUAAUGAAAAAAAACAUUUUUAA